AUUGCUUUUGCUAGUAACUAGUCUCCUAAAUAUACCACAUGCUAAAAGUCAUAUAAAUACUCUGAAACUUUCAAUUGACAAAUUUUCACUGCAUAUAUUAAAUAAUUAAAAUAAAGACUAUCCGUUUGGGACUGCUGUAAGCGGUCCAUACAGACUUAGUAUACUACAUUCUUAGACAGCUGACUCGAUUGCAGCACGGAAGGGAGCACACUAGAUGUUGAAACACAGCCCUUGGCCUUCAGCUCCCUGUGUGUCACACAAACGCUCACAUCCGCGAUAAAACCCCGAGCUACACUCUGAAGGAUCCUGUCAUCACACUAAUCACACGCGCACUCGCAAGUGCGCAACAUUCACCUGCACUUUCCUGCGCCCCGCUGCAUUCUGCCUGUGAUGCGUCGCCAUCUUACAUGUUGACGUCGUGACGUCACUUCCGCCACGCCGAGAAGAGCUGGCGCGCUCUAGGCGGGAGGAGAAUUAAUGGACAAUAUAAACAUAAAUAAAUCGCAGAACACGCACAAAUCCAUAUUAUAGCAUCAGAGUAAUAAUACAGUGUUUGCACGUGAUUUUAUUAAUAAAAAAAAAAGAAGUGGCCAUUCACAGACGCAAAAAAACAGUUAAGCAUUGUGUAAAGACACCUAAAGUCGCUUCAGAAGCGCUUCUUUGCCGCCUUUGUAGAGUAAAUCUGGCAUUGGUUGUGUAAAGACGCUUAUUGGCGAAAAAAUGGAAAAGCAGUGUGUUCUUUGUGAAUGGCCCUUUAAAUGCAAUACAUUAUAUUCAAUAAAGCACAUAGCCUGCUCAAUAAAAUAACAUGCAAGCAACACAUUUCCACAGUGAGUAUUUAAACAAUAACUGUAAAUUUUAAAUAAAUAUAAAACCUAUCGCGCUGGUUUUUGAAUUAAAAACCAUGCAUUAUUAAAAUUGCAUUAUACUGCGAUACUUUCUGUGACCAACAGAUGGAGUUAUGAACUCAUAUUUACUGUACACUCCGCUUUUAGUUCAACAACUUCAUAUACAGUAGGCAGCCUAUAGUCACACACAUAUUUUUAUUUAAUAAUACUACAAAUGAUCAUUCUCUUAAUUUCCAGUCAAUGUGUGUGAGCUAAACCACGUGACGCACUGUAUUAUAUAUAAUUUGUCGUAUGCACUGUAUAAUAAGAUGAUAAUCGGUAUAUUUUGCAUGCAUAUGAAUAAAAAAAAGCCAUGCACACAUCAAGUUUCAGUUUUAACACCCAAUUCCUGCCUAUUAAAAACAAAGCACGCUUAAUUUAAUAUUUAGAGAAAGGAUGAAGCAAACAAAAAGCCUAACCUAAAGCAAUGCAUGUGACAAAACACGAUGCACUUUAUUGACUUUUUGUGUUUUAAAGCUGCGGCUGGAGCAGAUGGUGUUCGUGGAGGAGGAGGAGGAGGAACAUCGCAUCUCUGGCUCUCUGCUGCUCUCAGAUCAGUUCAGUCUGAGAUACAUCAACAUCCAGGAGAAGUCUCUGUGUGUCUGUGGAAUCGCGGAUCUAUGGCACAGGGACAGGACAGAUAUUCAGGAUGAUGUGAAAGAGGGGAUUUAAUGACUCUUCACUUCAGACUCAACUUGGAACAUUACAUGCGCAACUUGUUUUGAUUGCUGGGGAUUUUCACCAUGGCUUUCCUGUGGCUCUUUCUGCUGAUCAGAGGAAAUGUGUGAACACUUGCACAUAUACAGCUGCACACAAGCGAAGUUUCACAUCUGUGAAGUAACCACUUGGACAGGAGGCUCAGGAUGAGAAGAUGGCAGCCAUACUGUUUCCACCGGGUCCUGACAGUCUACACCGGUUCACUCGUGAGUCCCUGGCUGGAAUCGAGCAGCGGAUCGCCGAGGAGAAGGCCCGCAAUGCCAAGAAGUACAAGGAGGACCUGGGCGACGUGGAGCCGCUCAAGUCCCAGGCCGACCUGGAGGCCGGAAAGCAGCUCCCGCGAAUCUUUGGAGACAUUCCUCCUGGACUGGUGGGCGUCCCUCUGGAAGACAUCGAUCCGUUUUACUUCCAGAACAGGAGAACUUUUGUAGUACUGAACAAAGGGAAGGCCAUCUUCCGGUUUAGUGCCACGUCUGCACUCUAUAUUUUUAGCCCUUUUCAUCCCGUUAGAAGAGCAUCAAUAAGGAUUUUAGUUCACUCUUUAUUCAGUCUUUUCAUUAUGUUCACUAUUUUGACGAACUGCUGCUUCAUGGCCAUGUCUGAACCAGCGCAGUGGGCCAAAUACGUCGAGUACACUUUCACUGGUAUUUACACGUUUGAGUCGUUGAUAAAGAUCCUGGCGCGGGGUUUCUGCAUCGGCCCCUUCACCUUCCUGAGGGACCCCUGGAACUGGCUGGACUUCAGCGUGAUUGUUAUGGCAUAUGUUACUGAGUUUGUGGACUUGGGCAAUGUCUCAGCGUUACGGACAUUCAGGGUUCUGCGAGCACUGAAAACUAUCUCAGUCAUCCCAGGCCUGAAGACGAUCGUGGGCGCUCUGAUCCAGUCGGUGAAGAAGCUUGCAGACGUGAUGAUCCUGACGGUCUUCUGUCUCAGCGUCUUCGCUCUCAUCGGCCUGCAGCUCUUCAUGGGAAACCUGCGGCAGAAAUGCGUCCGAAGCACUGCACACUGUCUCAACUCCACCGUACCGUCACACAACAACAGCACUUUCUUCUGCAAUAACAGAACCUGGUCCUCGCUGGAGGACUUCAUCACUAAUGAAGAUAAUUACUUCAAAGUGGACGGAGCCAAGGAUGCCUUAAUAUGUGGGAACGCGAGUGAUGCUGGGAAAUGUCCGGAUGGUUUCGAAUGUAUGAAGACCGGACGAAACCCGAACUACGGCUACACCAGCUUCGACACCUUCGGAUGGGCUUUUCUCUCGCUUUUCAGACUCAUGACACAAGACUACUGGGAAAACCUCUAUCAUCACACGCUGCGCUCGGCGGGAAAAGCGUACAUGGUGUUUUUUGUGCUGGUGAUCUUCCUGGGCUCCUUUUACCUGGUGAACCUGAUCCUGGCUGUGGUGGCCAUGGCAUACGAGGAGCAGAACCAGGCCACCAUCGCAGAAGCCCUUCAGAAAGAGCAAGAGUUUCAGCUCGCCAUGGAACAGCUGAAGAAGGAACAGCAGGUGGCUCAGAAAGCACAAGAAACCGAGUCCAUCUUGACGGCCGACGUGUCUCCGUUCUCCUCACAAGGCAAUGGGAAUCUGGACCGGAGGAAAAGCUCGAGGCCGCUGUCCGAAGGAACGGAUGACGGAAGCAACGACAAAUCAGCCAAGAUGGACACUAUAGAGGAGAUGAAGCAAACGCACUCUUUGUUGGUGCGCACUCUAUCCUUACGAGCGCGACGGGAGAGUCAGGUCAGCGUCUUCAACUUCCGGCCGCCGAACAAAGACUCGGAGCUGGAUUUCGCUGAUGAUGAGUUCAGCAAUCAUGGAGAUUCGGACAGCCGUGGUGGGGCGCUGGCUCUGCCCUGGAGCAGGAGACGGACCAGCGCUCAGAGCACCUGCAGCCACAGCUCGCAGUUCUUCUUCCCGAGUCUCAACAUCAACGGGAAACUCUUCGUGGCCAUUGAUCAGAACGGCAUCUCGGGCCAGGGACCGCUGUCUCCGCUGCCACUGCCCACCUGCACCAUGGAGAAGGUCAAGGAGGAGAGCGGACACAAUUCCAGCAAUGAGCUGAGCAGUAUGCUCCUGCCACAGCUGCCCCAGGAGGGCCGAGACCGGGCCCUGAGCGCCACCAGCUACAUCACUGAUGCAAUGGAAGAGCUGGAGGAGGCGCAGCAGAAGUGUCACCCGUGCUGGUACGUGUUUGCACACAAGUAUCUGGUGUGGACGUGUUCCCCCGACUGGCUGAAGGUGAAGGAGUGGGUGAAGUUCAUGGUGAAUGAUCCGUUCCUGGACCUGACCAUCACUAUCUGCAUCGUUCUCAACACGCUCUUCAUGGCUCUGGAGCACUAUCCCAUGACAGACGAGUUCAACCGCAUGCUGUCUGUGGGGAACCUGGUGUUCACGGGCAUCUUCACAGCGGAGAUGGUCCUGAAGAUCAUUGCUCUGGAUCCCUAUUAUUACUUUCAGCAGGGCUGGAACAUCUUUGACAGUCUGAUCGUGAGUCUGAGUCUUAUGGAGCUGGGUUUAUCCAACGUGGAGGGUUUGUCCGUCCUGCGCUCCUUCAGACUGCUGCGAGUCUUCAAGCUUGCGAAAUCGUGGCCAACGCUGAACACGCUCAUAAAGAUCAUUGGGAACUCAGUUGGCGCUCUGGGGAACCUGACCCUGGUUCUGGCCAUCAUCGUCUUCAUCUUCGCUGUGGUCGGCAUGCAGCUGUUCGGGAAGAACUACGAGUCGUGCGUCUGUAAGAUCUCCAGGGACUGUACGCUGCCCCGCUGGCACAUGAAGGACUUCUUCCACUCGUUCCUCAUCGUGUUCCGGGUCUUGUGCGGAGAGUGGAUCGAGACCAUGUGGGACUGUAUGGAAGUGGCCGGUCAGCCGCUCUGCAUCCUGGUCUUUAUGCUGGUCAUGGUCAUCGGGAACCUGGUGGUUUUGAACCUCUUCUUGGCGUUGCUCUUGAGCUCCUUCAGCGCAGACAACCUCUCUUCUCCGGACGACGACGGUGAAAUGAACAACCUGCAGAUCGCCAUCGCUCGCAUCCAGCGUGGGAUGCUGUGGCUCCGGCAGGCGCUCUGCGACUUCUUCAACGGGAACUUCAAGCGUCGCCGGCAGAAGGCCAAGGAGGCCAAAGCCAUGCUGAAGCUGAAGAGACUGAGCCAGCAGACGCACUGGGCCGAGGGCAACGGGACGGCCGUCAUCGAGCGCGCCACGGAGGACGACAGCUACAUGACCAACCCCAACCUCACCAUCAGCGUCCCCAUCGCUCCCGGAGAGUCCGACCUGGAGUUCCCCGAGGAAGAUGAUGACGAGGAGGAGGAGGAGGAGGAGGAAGAUGAGGCCAGCGAAGGCUCAGAGGAGGAACAAGAGGAAACCAAACGAAGUGAUGAGACCAGCCUAUCAGAGGGCAGCACGAUCGACCUCAGGAAACCAGGCGAGGAGGAGGAUGAAUACUCUGAGACGGCUGAAGAGGCCAUGGAUCCAGAAAACUGCCUUCCUGACUUUUGUGUGCAUCGCUUUAAGUGCUGUGAUAUCAACACGUCCGAGGGUCUGGGUCGAGCCUGGUGGCAUCUGAGGAAGACCUGUUAUCAGAUAGUGGAGCACAGCUGGUUUGAGUCCUUCAUCAUCUUCAUGAUCCUCCUCAGCAGUGGAGCACUGGCAUUUGAAGACAUUUACAUUGAACAAAGGAAAGUGGUCAAAGUGGUGCUUGAAUACGCAGACAAGAUCUUCACCUACAUCUUCAUCUUGGAAAUGGGUCUGAAGUGGAUCGCCUACGGUUUCAGGAAGUACUUCACCAACUACUGGUGCUGGCUGGACUUCCUCAUUGUGGACGUGUCUAUCGUAAGCCUUGUAGCAAACACGCUGGGCUACUCGGACUUUUCUGCCAUCAAAUCUCUCCGAACGCUUAGAGCCCUCAGACCGCUGAGAGCACUGUCCCGGUUUGAAGGCAUGAGGGUGGUGGUGAACGCUCUGAUCGGGGCGAUCCCGUCCAUCAUGAACGUGCUGCUGGUGUGUCUCAUCUUCUGGCUCAUCUUCAGCAUCAUGGGAGUCAAUCUGUUCGCCGGGAAGUUCGGCCGCUGUGUCAACCGCACCGGCUUCAUCUUCAACGCCUCCUUCAUCAACAACAAGAGCGAGUGUCUGGAGAUGAACAGCACGCAGUAUUACUGGAGCAAAGUCAAGGUUAACUUCGAUAACGUGGGCGCUGGGUACCUCGCUCUGCUGCAGGUGGCCACGUUCAAGGGCUGGAUGGAGAUCAUGUACGCCGCGGUCGACUCACGAUCUGUGGAAGAGCAGCCCAUUAAAGAGAACAGCCUGUACAUGUACCUGUACUUCGUCAUCUUCAUCAUCUUCGGCUCCUUCUUCACGCUCAAUCUCUUCAUCGGUGUCAUCAUUGACAAUUUCAACCAACAGAAGCGAAAGAUAAGAGGACAGGACAUCUUCAUGACAGAAGAACAGAAGAAAUAUUAUAACGCCAUGAAGAAACUGGGAACCAAGAAACCUCAGAAACCCAUCCCUAGGCCUACUAACUCGAUCCAAGGAUUCUUCUUCGACUUGGUGUCCAAACAAGCCUUCGACAUCAUCAUAAUGCUGCUGAUCAUCCUGAACAUGGUGACGAUGAUGGUGGAGACGGACGAACAGUCUCCCAGCCUCGAGGUCAUCCUUUACUACGUCAACCUGGCCUUCAUCGUCAUCUUCACCACCGAGUGCAUCAUCAAACUCAUCGCACUGCGCUGCUACUUCUUCACCGUCAGCUGGAACAUCUUCGACUUCGUAGUUGUCAUCCUCUCCAUUGUGGGUAUCGUUCUCGCAGACAUCAUCGAGAAGUACUUCGUCUCGCCCACACUCUUCCGCGUAAUCCGCUUGGCUCGAAUCGGAAGAAUCCUUCGCCUCAUCCGCGGCGCCAAAGGAAUCCGGACGUUGCUUUUUGCUUUAAUGAUGUCUCUUCCGGCGUUGUUCAACAUCGGCCUCCUGCUGUUCCUCGUCAUGUUCAUCUACGCUAUCUUUGGCAUGGCCAACUUCGCUUACGUCAAGAGGCAAGCCGGCAUCGACGAUAUGUUCAACUUCGAAACCUUCGGAAACAGCAUGAUCUGUCUCUUCCAGAUCACAACGUCCGCCGGAUGGGACAAUCUACUCAGUCCAAUCCUCAACAACUCUCCGGAGGAGUGCGACCCGGAUGUUCCUCACACCGGGACGAACGUUCGCGGAAACUGCGGGAAUCCUUCAGUGGGGAUAACGUUCUUCGUAACCUACAUUAUUAUUUCGUUUCUCAUCGUGGUCAACAUGUACAUCGCGAUUAUAUUGGAGAACUUCAGCGUGGCCACCGAGGAGAGCACAGAGCCGCUGAGCGAGGACGACUUCGAGAUGUUUUACGAAGUCUGGGAGAAGUUCGAUCAGGAAGCGACGCAGUUUAUCGAAUACGCCAAACUCUCAGAUUUCGCCGACUCACUUUCCGAGCCGCUGCGCAUCACCAAACCCAACAAAAUCAAACUGAUUUCCAUGGACCUUCCGAUGGUGAGCGGCGACAAGAUCCAUUGUUUGGAUAUCCUCUUCGCGUUCACCAAACGUGUUCUUGGAGAGUCGGACGAAAUGGACGCUUUAAAGCAACAAAUGGAAGAGAAGUUCAUGAUGGCGAACCCAUCCAAGAUCUCCUACGAACCGAUCACGACGACACUUCGGCGCAAGCAAGAGGAAGUUUCCGCCGUCAUGAUCCAGCGCUCGUAUCGGAGGCAUCUAAUGCGGCGUCAGCUAAAACAAGCCUCGCUACUUUAUCGUCAUCUUAACAUGACCGACGCCGACAAAGACGGCGACAGUUCGCCAGAGAACGAAGGACUUAUAGUUGCGAUGAUAAUGGAGAACUACGGCGCCGAGGACGAAGUUACGGAAACGCACUCGGCUGCUUCGUCUCCACCUUCGUACGACAGCGUCACGCGAGCGACUACCGAGCUUUUUCACGCUCUAAUCCCAGACGCCGCGAACACGGACCUCAGCGAACCUUUGUCAGACAGAGAUCGCGAGACGUUUCUGUGACGACGGACGUCUUUUCCUUUUGUUUACCGAAUGUAACAUAGACACAAAAUCCUGCGGUUGUGCGACAAAGGCUUUUGUAGACUAACUCUUAUUUCUCUUGUUUUGUUUGUUUGGAUAUACAAGGGGAAAGUGUCACACCUUCACAGUUUGAAUGCAUGGAUGAGAUCCGUAGUCGCAGUUAUAGAGGAUGUAAUCAUCGUAUAUUAGACUGAAAGCAACACAUUUUAAUCAAAGCGUCGGCCUGACCGUAAGUUCAUUAAAGGUCUUACUUAACACAGCGUGAUUCCUUUUAAGAUUUGAGAUAAUUUAGAAGAAUCGUAGCGGUGCAACCAUGUAAAUGUUACCAGUCUUGUCUUAGGUUCAUACUUCACGCCAUUUUUGAAAGCAUGAUGAUUACCUCUUUCUUUAGCAAUGAAAGGGCAGUGUUUUAGCCUGAGUAUUUGCACUUUUUUGUUUGUUUUGCCAUUUCUUAUGACGUUUCGCUCAAUGCCAUCACAAAGUGCAGAUAUCGAGACUAGUAAAAGACAAUCAGACAUGCACAAGAAAUGGUCACUUGCUUAAAACCUGUCUAGCGAACUAUUGCACAUGCUCCCUUUCAAAUGCACCACACUUUUGUUUCUCUUGUGAAGUAUUUAUUUUGCAUGUGGAAACUGCAUGGUACGGAGGGGUAACAAGAUCACUGAGAAUAAUUGUUUUGCACACAGUACGUUCAGCAAUAAUUUGCUACAUUUAGGAAUAACCUUAAUGAUACUUAUUGGAAUUGAAAACGUGUCAAAGUUUCUACUGUAACGGCCUCCAGCUGUAACUGUGGCUUAUAUGACUAGUGAAGAUUAUAGCACAUGUGUUUUUCUAUCUCGGGUUGGCAGGUUUGAUGAAGGGCUGUUUUAUGUAGCAAUAGAUCCCAAGUGUGCCUGCUAGAACUAAAUCCUGUGUUUAUAAUUCAUCUUUCUUCAUGCAUUUGUUUUGGUUUUUGUAAAUCGUUCGCAUAACACCAUAAAUAGCAUCAAACGCAAACCGUUCCAUUGGCGUGCUUUGACACAUAUUCGCUUAUGGUGGUUUCUAUCAGGAAAUCACAGUAAAAAGUACUAAUUCAUAGAGAUAAAAAAAAAAGACAUCUAAACAAAACAUUCUGCAAUGUAUCAUAAAAAUGUCUGUAUGUUAGUGGUACAAAAUAUAUUGUAUGAAACUACAAGGGAAUAGUCCGAUUUGAUAAUCAAUGUUAUUACUACAAUAUUACAAUGUUAUUACUAGUUCCUCUAAAUUAAUUGAGAUGCAAGCAAACCUUCAAAUUAAAUGUAUUUUUUUUUUACAUAAGGCUGCUUUAAUACACCAAUAACCUCUUUUUAAAUCCUGAACAUUCAUUACCUUCAAUGCACAAGUGUGUUUCUAAAACGCUGUUGAACUGUAAAUAAGCAUCAAAUGUCACUGUACAUUUACACAGAUGACUCAACACAGCUUUAUUUACAGGAAAUCUAAUACUCGACCUGUGCAAACUACAUUUACAGGCUUAAAAACCCACAGAGGCUAAAAUAGACUCACGCUCGGUUAAUUGCUAAUGCAAUUAUUCUGACAUAGCCUCACUAAAGGGCGCAGAUGCGAAGCAUUUAUUAUACUGUAUCUUCUCAGAUCGAAGUUUGUUUGCAUUACAUUUGAACACUUGAACUUGAUGUUUUGGACCUUAUUUAGGCUGGAUGUCAUAAUUAAUUUGAUGAAAAUGAGGCUGUGAGCGAAAAAUCCCAUGAAAAUUGUUUCGAAAUGACCGGUAUAACUCGGUAUAAUACAUUGAAGUUUGUUAUUAAAAAACUGAGUUUCUGGGUUAAUUUGAAAUGCAUUUGCGAAUUCUUUAAGAAUGAUUUUAGAAAUUAUUACUAUUUAUCGACAAAUUAUUUAUUAUUUACAAUUUUAAUGAUUGCACAGAUCAAAUAUUCCUUGCACUGGGGGAGAAAACGGAUUCGAAAAUUUUAGCAUUUAAAUUUCACAUAAAUAUUACAAAGAACAUGCAAGUAACUUUAAAGUAUGUAGAAAAAUUGAAAGAGUUUUAAUUAUUAAAUGUACUCCAAUAAACUUUAUUUGCAACUUCGAAAGAUUUUAUUUAAUUUGCAUCAGUUUAAAUAUGGCAUCCAUUGGCAAAAGCUUAAAUAUAAUAAAUAUUACUCAUCUAAUUUGGGUUUUAACAGAACACACAUUUACCUGAAAAAAAAAAGAUAUUAUAAACAAACAAACAAAGGUUUAUUUCAAUAAUCGUUUGAAAUACUUUCAUUUAAUGCUGAUGUGAUCAAUUAAACCAUCCAAUCAUUGUGUUUUACUCACAUUACAGAAGUAAACUGGGUUGCAAAUGCAGUUUCAUGUUGUCUUGAAGCGAAAAAUAAUAAUGGCUCCAAAUGGAAACACAAAUAAAAACACAGAGGAGCGAGUUAUUUCUGGACAUAAUUAGCAACAUCUGGACUGUGUGUGAUGAAAUGCCUUUGGUCAAACUCUAUUUGCACAGGAGAGGAGCCAUACAUUUCUCUGAAGGUUUUGUGUUGGUGUUUAUGAGAUGUGCUCAUGCAUGCUUUUCCGUUGCGGGGCCGUGGUUUGGCUUAUUGACGUGAUGUUUUCGGACGGCUCUUUUGUCGUGGAAGCGCGGCAGAUUUGCUGUGACUUCGGCCUCCUUCUAUUCAGCUCACUUCUCUUUCCUCAUCCAACAAAGCCAAAGAGUCUUUCUGAGGACUGCAGAACGAGUCGUGAUGCAUAUUAUAAAGCCCUAGUGAGUCUACAUAGGCAGCUGCCUAUUAAGGGUGACACUGAACGCUCUAGUUACUGCAACUUGAAAAAUGUGGGUAAGAACAAAAACAGAAGACAUUAGAUUUGACAAUAUAUGCAUUUUUCACUAUUUCUGCAGUGCAUUUUAGGUCUGUCUUUUUUUGUAGGAGGCAGAACCUUUUGAAACAUUUGUGUUUGAAUUGCAUUUAAAUUUCUAUGCACUUUCUGUAGAUUGCACAGUUUUCACACGAACAAACUAACGUUGAUGUAAUGCAUAAAAAAUGGCUUUGAAGUCAUUUACACUCAGAGAUUUCUAUUAAUUCAUUCAAAUAAAUUACUAAUAAUUGCAAAGAAAUGGCAACAUUCAAUUAAAAGUCUGGAGUAGAAAAACAAAUUGUAAAUAUUUUUUGUAAUUAUAUAUUUAUUUUAACUAAAUGAUUAUUGCUUGUUGCACGGUUAGCCAUAUUUUAACCGUAUCAUUUUUUUAGAUUUUUUUUUUUUUUUUUUUAUUUGAUUAGAGACUUAUUUAUGAUUCUAAGCAAAUUUAUUUUGAAAAUAUGAUUAUGUAAAUAAAUCAAAUGGAUACAAAUGGUUAAACAUGAUUAUGUUUGUGUGUAUUUCGAGUUUAUUUGAAAUCAGAAGUAACUAGUUGAUAAAUAUAUAUUAAUAAUAUAGAAUUUAAUCAUCUUUACACAUUUAUUUUUCACUGACAUGGUUUUCACUGAACAGAUUUAUUCAGAUUCUAAAUGCAUUUUGGGAAAUAUGAUUAUUUAAAUGGUGCAAAUAGUUCAUAAAAUAUGAAGUUUUUUGUGCAGAAGUUUUGAUAAAUGAAAUAUUCAUCACAUUACUAGUUUAAAACUCAAUUGCAUGGAAAUUUUAUAUGCAAUUCAAAUAUAAAAAUCUUAAUUUUAAGCAUCAAUAAGUUAAUAAAUGCUGUCUAUGAAGACUGCUGAGGUUCAGGUGUUAUGAAGUAAUAUUCGCUGCAUCCUCAGAAAACAAAAGAUGCAAUAAAAAAGGCAAAUGCACAACAUUUCAAAUCUUUCGAAAGUGAGAUUCGAAGGAGGCUUCGGACGGGAUUUCAGAAGGUUUUUGCUGCAACACUCAGAGAUGAUUUAAAGGGAAAUCUGUGGGAUGAAAACAUGUUAAAUGAAGCUAAGCGUACCAAACUAUUAGCGCUCGCUGAAAGCAUCACAUUAAUUGUAAUAUUUAAUUAACAAACACAAGUGAAGGAUGCGCUGAAAUCCUGUCAUUAACUCUUCUGAUUGGAUCCCGUGUAUAUCACGUCUCUUUCAUCCAUCGUCUUUCUUUUCUUGUCAUGCAUUGAUGCUGAUCUUCUGAAUAUGAUGUGAUUCAUGCAGUUUGUGUUUUAUCACCCACAAAGUAAGCACAGGGAAAUUUUUCUAUCUACUGUUUGUUUCGAAACAACAUCAAUUUGUGCAAUACAAGAGCAUAUGUCAGAUAUGGUAAAUAAAAGGCAUAUUUUAUCUAUGCUUUAUAUAUAUAUUAAUAUAUAUAUAUACAUGUAUGUAAUGUAAAAACAUCAGUUAUCUUGAAGCAAGUGUAUUUUAUAAUGGUAGACUUUGCUGUAUUUACUUGCUGUUUUUUAUUUUACAUUUUUUUUUUUUUUAUGAUGAUGAUGAUCAACUUUUGGGAGAUUUUGACGGCCGCUGAUCUGGGAUCAGGUUUAAAGCCGGAUCCGUACGCCAGUAUAGAUGACCAAACAGGUCCUGGGUCAGUUUUUGGAGACCUGCUUUAUCCUCAGAGUCUGAGGACGGAGACGACAUCUGAACAUUUAUUAAGGAGGAUUUCUUUUGUACACUGUUAGGACUUGCAUGCGGCAGAAUGGGACUUUUCUCCAAGCGUUUCUCUUUGUUUGGAAGCGACAUCCAGAGUCGAUGGAAAACUGGUUCCCUUCAUGAGGACGAGAUGUUGUAGAGGAACAGUCACUCUUUGUUGCCAAUUAGAAACACCAUGUAUAUCAAUAAUCAAAUAAACAAUAGGAUUCAU